UCGGAAACUAGCACUGAGCUUUGAAUUGAAUUGGAAGUUUUUGGAAAAGAUAGCCGCAGCUUGUCGGAGCGUUCAAUAGAGAGCGGAGUGAAAUGAAACGCGAUGUCCGGAUACUGCUGUUGGGGGAACCCAAAGUGGGAAAGACCUCUCUCAUCAUGUCUCUGGUCGGAGAGGAGUUUCCCGAGCUGGUUCCUCUCCGGGCGGAGGAGAUCACCAUACCGGCCGACGUCACGCCUGAGAAAGUGCCCACACAUAUAGUCGACUAUUCAGAAACUGAACAGUCUGAUGAAGUGUUGAGGGAGGAAAUCGUAAAGUUACUGGUGAACGGUGGUGCUGAAAAAGGAAGCAAGAUUCCCAUCAUCCUCGUGGGCAACAAGUCCGACCUGCGCUCCGGCAGCUCCAUGGAAAGCAUCCUGCCAAUCAUGAACCAGUUUUCAGAGAUUGAGACCUGUGUAGAGUGCUCAGCUAAGAAUCUGAAGAAUAUUUCUGAGCUCUUUUAUUACGCCCAGAAGGCCGUUCUUCACCCGACUGCUCCGCUCUACGACCCUGAAGACAAACAGCUGAAGCUGCAGUGUGUUCGAGCUCUGAGUCGGAUCUUCAGCAUCUCUGAUCAGGAUAAUGAUCACAUUCUCAGUGAUGCUGAACUCAACUGCUUUCAGAAAUUGUGUUUCGGGAAUCCACUGGCUCCUCAGGCUCUAGAGGACGUGAAGACAGUCGUUUGGAAGAACACCAGUGAUGGAGUCCAGGACAACGGACUCACACUCAACGGUUUCCUGUUCUUGAACACGCUCUUUAUCCAGAGGGGACGUCAUGAAACCACCUGGACCAUCCUGCGUAAAUUCGGCUACGAUGACACUCUCGACUUGACCGAUGACUACCUCUACCCACCAUUACGAGUAUCGGUGGGUUGCACGACGGAGCUGAAUCAUCUGGGUCAUCAGUUCCUCCAGAAGCUGUUUGAUAAGUAUGACGAGGAUAAGGAUUCAGCUCUCUCUCCCGCAGAGCUGAAGAAUCUGUUUAGUGUUUUACCCUACAUGCCCUGGGGCCCGGAGGUGUACAGUAACGUCUCCCUAUCAGACGACAACUACAUCUCACAGCACGGGUACUUCUGCCAGUGGAUGUUAUCCGCUUAUCUGGAUGUCCACCGGUGUUUGGAGCAUCUUGGUUACCUCGGCUAUCCCAUUCUAAUGGAGCGAGAGUCCCAGACCUCCGCCAUCACAGUAACAAGAGAAAAGGCCUUAGACCUGGAGAAGAGACAAACCCAGCGCACUGUGUUCCUCUGCAAAGUGAUCGGUCCACGUGGAACAGGAAAGACCGACUUCCUCCAAGCUUUUCUGCAGCGAAGCACUGAGAGAAACGAGCGCGACCCCGGUCCCCCCACAAUAUACGCCAUCAACACCGUCUCAGUAGCCAAUCAGGACAAGUACCUGAUCCUGGAGGAGGUGGAUGUGGAAACAGAGUUUCUAAAAACAGCAGAUGCAGCAUGUGAUGUGGCGUGUCUCAUGUAUGAUGUCAGCGACCCGGACUCCUUCAACUACUGCGCUAGUAUUUAUAAGCAGCACUACAUGGACCGUGGGAUCCCGUGUGUGGUUGUGGGCUCCAAAGCUGAUCUGAUAGAAGUCAAACAGCAUCAUGGGAUGAGCCCGUCUGAGUUUUGUUACAAACAUCGGCUGCCUUCUCCUCUCCAUUUCUCCACGCUGCUCACACACACUCACACACACAUUUACAGCAAGCUCACCUGGGCUGCCAUGUACCCGUAAGUACAUACUUGUCUUACAGUUUUUUUAGUUUUUUUCAUUUAUACU